AACUUUGAUAUACCUCGGCUGCGAGCACCCCACCCCCACCCCAUCCCCCAACGCCAGCUCAGGACCAAGGACGCCCCACCCCCGCGGCGCCAUUGCACCCUGGGAGAGUCGGGAUCGGACAAUGCUUGCUUCCUCCGGCCCUUUUGUGGUCCAGGCCUCUCAUCAUCUCGCCUUCCCUCUGCUCCCUCUAUCCUAGCGGUUGCAAUUCGAGAGACCCUAAAGAUUAAAGAGAAGAUGAAGCUCACGGCAACAAACGGCCUCCAUGGGGAGGAAAGCCCAGAGAGAGCUGAAUCCGAAAACGAAGAACUGAAUUCAAAUGCGGGGCUAGACCUGCCAUUUAUGAUGUUGCCCCACCCCCUACUUCCCGUUAGCCUGCCUCCUGCAUCAGUUGCCAUGGUGAUGCAUCAGAUGAACCACUUCAAUACUAUUUCCAACAUGGCUGCUGCAGCUCAGAGGCAGAGUCCACUCUCCAGAGCAGGGGCUUCAGUUAUCAAAGAAACUGACAGCUCUUCUCCUGUCAUUUCUCCUGAAGAGAACAGUGCGCCUGAGGGCCUGGGUGCUUCCAACUGCUCACCUUCCCAACUUGAGGAUAUGCCCAAGGUAAUUGCUUUGGUGCCUGAUGAUGGAGAAAAAGAGCUUCCUGAUCAAGGUAAUGGAUCAAAUCCAAAAAAACUCCAGAAAGAAAAUGUUCUAUCCCUCAGUCAAGAGCUUUUUAUUCAGCACAAAGUACUGUGGGGAACAAAAAGAAGCAUAAGGCAGGGAACCUGCCCUCAAGAUGCUUACAGUCAAGUUUGGGAAGCAAGACAAACAGGAGAGAUGCAAAUUGCCAUUCCAGUAAUGAAACCAAACCUAGAUAAAGGUCAACUAGCCGGGCAAAUCGUGGCUCCUGGAUUUGCAACCCCCUUUAUUUUUGCCGAUAGUCUUUCCUCCGUGGAAACGCUUUUAACCAAUAUUCAGUUCCUGCUGAAAGUGGCUCUAGACAGUGCCCGUGUCCAGGAAAGGCAAAUGCAAGAAGAAAAGAAGGAGCUGAGAAUGGAGCUCUACAGAGAGAGGGAGAUGCGGGAGACCCUGGAAAGGCAGCUUGCAGUUGAGUUGCAGAGCCGGGCCACAGUUCAGAGGCGUCUGAAGAAGGAGAAGAAGGCCAAGAGGAAGCUGCAGGAAGUCCUGGAAUUUGAAUCCAAGCGCAGAGAGCAAAUGGAGCAGGCCCUGAGGCAGGCCACUGGAGGUGACAGUGUGCUCAGCAUCCUCAGGGGGUUUGGAUUCUCAGAAAGAGAUCUUGAAGGCAUUGGGACUGAGUCUGACAGUGCAGAAAUGCAAGAAAACAUCAACCCCACCACCAUGUACUGAAGGAACUUUCUAUUAAAAUAUAUAUAUAUCUAUAUAUAUAUCUAUGUAUGUACCACCAUCCAUUACCUUAAGAUUCAUGUAUAUUUCAUUAAAGAAUACCCUCAACCUUUCCAUGCUUUCCAGUGCUGUGUGAAGAGUGAAAGUUGCAGCAUGAAACUGGAAGAACCAUUUGUUACAUUUUAAUCUACAGCAGCAUUGUGAAGAAACUUAGAAAGGUUUUAUAAGCUCCCUAUGCUAAGCUAAGCCUGUUACAGUUGAUCGUUUGUAGGUCCCUCCUCCCAGAGAAGUUUUAGAAUUUUUAAGCACAUGCAAGAAUUAUUCCCUUUGAGAAAACUAACUUUUCCCCCUUCCCCCUCCCACCCUUUAAAGAGGCAGUAGUUUUGUUGAACAGUGGCACAAAUAUGUUAAUCGGCCUGAAACGUCCCCACUGGCUUUACCUAAGUGCAGAUCCUGAGUCCGCUUUUGCACCAAGACCAAUCACCGUGGAGCUGUUGCAGUUGUGUUCGUACUUUAAGCUUUGUUUACUGAACCAGAUAGUCAAUAAAUAUUACAUUUUGCUGAGAAA